AUGAAAGACAUGGGCUUCCGCGGUAUGAUUUUGACAUACGCUGCUGAGACUGUGUUUGAUCAUAGUACUCAGGCUCAGCAUGGACAGGGCAUUGCUGCUUUGAAAAGCGAGCACGGGGAUGUGUCCAUCGAAGCUUCGGUCAAUCAUUGUCCUAGCAUCGAAGCUUGGCGGGAGGGGACAGUUGAGACCAUAUACAUGACGGAGGCAGAAGACUAUCUCGCAGUCAAGUUGACAGGUGCUGGCGUUAAAGUCACCGAGGCUUUUGCCGCUGGAGAGUUGCCUCCGCAGCAAAUGAUGGAUGCACUGGAUGAGGUCUGCACCAAGGCCAAAGACCGAAAGGUUCGCAUCCUCGUCGACGCCGAGUCUCAGCACUUCCAAAAGGGCAUUGCACGGGUAGCUGUGGAACUUAUGCGCAAAUACAAUCGCGACGGUUAUGCCACUAUCUACAACACCUACCAGGCCUACCUCAAAAGCACACCAGCAACACUGGCCAACCAUCUCGCCGUGGCAAAAGAAGAUGGCUUCACUCUCGGACUCAAGCUUGUGAGGGGCGCAUACAUGGCUACGGAUGAACGGUCCCUGAUCCACGACACGAAGGAAGACACCGACAACGCAUAUAAUAUGAUUGCCCAGGGGGCACUGAGGAAGAACAUUGGAGAAUUUGGAGACAAGGGCAGCCGCGACUUCCCCUCUGUGAAUCUCUUUCUGGCAAGUCAUAACAAAGAGAGCGUGGUGGCUGCCCACGAGCUCCAUAAGCAUCGUGUUAUGUCUGGCUUGCCUACCGUGCCUGUGCGCUUUGCCCAACUCCAUGGUAUGUCUGAUGAGGUUAGCUUUUCGCUGCUUCAGAUGAAUGACGGCGAUGGAACACCGGAAGUAUAUAAAUGCUCCACUUGGGGAGGUAUGGGUGAUUGUCUGGCCUAUCUUCUUCGUCGGGCAAUUGAGAAUCGCGAUGCUGUUCUGCGGACAGAUAGUGAGUAUCGGGCGUUGAAGAAGGAGGUUUUCCGGAGAGUGAAGUCGUUGUUUGCUCUUUCGCCAUCUUCAUAG